GUGAAAAACGGAACUUACGUAAAAAAAAUUUUCUGAUAAAAAAAUGAGAGAUAUUUCACGUAAAAUUUUAAAAUUUUCAGGACAUGGAUACUUAAGACAAAGACUUAUUCUUGCUACAUUAAGUGGAAACACUGUUAAAAUUGAUAAAGUUCGUUCUGAAGAUGAUGAUCCUGGCUUGAGAGAUUUUGAAGCAAGUUUUCUAAGACUACUUGAAAAGGUAACAAAUGGUUCGAAAAUUGAUAUCAAUUAUUCAGGCACGACUAUAUUAUACAAGCCAGGAGUUAUAACUGGAGGAAAAAUUUAUCAUGAAUGUGGUACAUCAAGAGCAAUCGGAUAUUUCUUGGAACCAUUGAUUGCAUUAGGACCAUUUGGUAAACAAGCAUUUGAUUUGACGCUAACUGGUAUAACUAAUGAUAACACAGACAUAUCUGCGGAUAGUAUAAGAACAGUAACUUUACUACAAUUAAGGAAAUUUGGUAUUGAAGAAGGACUUGAAUUGAAGAUUAUUAAACGUGGAUCUGCACCUUUAGGAGGAGGAGAAGUUAAUUUUAAAUGCCCAAUAAUAAGAUCAUUAAAACCAAUGCAAUUUACGGAUGAAGGUAAAAUAAAACGUAUUCGUGGUAUAGCGUGUUCUACAAGAGUAUCGCCACAAAAUGCCAAUAGAUUAGUAGAUUCAGCUAGAUCUGUAUUAAAUAGAUAUAUACCCGACGUAUACAUCUUUACUGAUGUACGUAAAGGAGACGAAUCUGGUAAAUCACCAGGGUUUGCUUUAAAUCUAGUUGCUGAAUCUAAUACAGGGGUUUUAUAUUGUUCUGAACAAGCUGCUUUACCUGGUGAAACUCCCGAAGACAUUGGCAGCAGAACUGCUAAAUUAUUAUUAAAUGAAAUUAGUAAUGGUGGUUGUGUCGAUUCUUUGAACCAAUGGUUGAUUUUAUUAUUGAUGGUACUUGGUCCUGAAGAUGUAUCAAAAAUUCGAAUUGGGAAAUUAACGGCCUUUACGAUACAAUAUUUAAGGGAUUUAAAAACCAUAUUUGAUGUCAAUUUUAAAAUUAAAUUAGACUCCACAGAUAAUUCAUUAUUGAUGGCUUGUGUUGGUGUUGGUUAUAUUAAUUAUAAUAAGAAAACAACUUAACACAUAAGAUAACAAAUAAAAUUAAAAAAUUAAUUUCUUUAUAUUUCUUUAAAGAAAGAAAAAAAAUGUAUUUCUUUUUUUAGA